AUGGCGUUCCACCCUGUUUCCGCGGUGUCCUCCCAGCCUUGCACCACCCAGCCAUGCGCCACCCACCCACCCUGCCCCAAUCAAUCGUCCUGUCGCGCCCCGUACCGGGAUUGGAAAACUGACUUAUUGGACUGCUGCGUGGACAAACAGAUUUGUAUCUGCGGGACCUUUGCUCCUUGCGUCCUGGCUUGUCAAGUGGCGGCGGGCCUCGGUGAAUGCUUCUGCCUGCCGAUUCUCCCGGGAGCAAUGGUGGCCCUCCGGACAUCCUUGAGGGAACAAAUGCGGAUCGAGGUAUUUUUCUCGGGCUUCCCCUGGCUUGCAGUUUUAUCCCGGGGAGAUUGUGAGCCGGAGAGGAUUGGGCGGGAUGGCAAAGCUUGA